GAGCAAAAAAAAAGAGCAAAAAAAAAAAAAUGGCUGCGAAUCUUCACCACAAACAUUUCUUCAACGAUGAACUGGGUGAAUUGGAUGAAUUGGCAAGUUCUUUGGAGUUUCCCCGAUGGUUGAAAGACUUUACUGGAUUAAGUGAAUGGCCGGGAAUUGAUCCUCCUUAUAUUCCAUUAGAUUUUAUUGAUUUCAAUGUUCCAACCCUGGUUCCAAUACAUAAACAGGGCCAGUGCGACAUGAUUCCCAACGAGGUUUCCAGUGUGUGUUCAUUUGAUUGCCAUAAUUGUGUUAGUUUUGACGAUAUUCAUACUUGUUCCAAAUUGAGCCAAACUUUUGAUGAUGGACCAUCCCAGUACACUCCUCAAUUAUUGAGACAACUUGAUAAAACAAAUACAAAAUCGACUUUUUUCACCAUUGGACUCAAUAUCAUUAGAUAUCCAGAAAUAUAUCUUAAGACUCAUCAGAAGAAUCAUAUAAUGGCAUCCCAUACUUGGUCGCAUCCCUUUUUACCAUCAUUAACUAAUGAACAAAUUGUAGCACAAUUACAAUGGUCGAUUUGGGCAAUGAAUGCCACUGCCGGUCAUCUACCCAAAUGGUUUCGUCCUCCUUAUGGCGGAGUGGAUAACAGGGUACGAUACUUCAUUAGACAAUUUGGGAUGCAACUGGUUCUUUGGGAUUUUGAUACUUUUGAUUGGAAAACCGUGGGCGAUUUACUGAAAAAUGAUGAAACCAUAUUAAGAGAUGUUAAAACGUUCCAGAAGGAGAAAAACAAUCAGGGAAUUAUUUUGGAACAUGACAGCUUGAGUCAAACGGUGUCGAUUGGCAUUAAACUAAAUCAGCACUUGCCCGACCAGUUAACCAUCCCACAAUGUGUCGGGGGAAUUGACUAUAUAAAGCAGUUUCCUCGGUAA